GGGAAAAUAAUAAUAAUGCAAAAGCACUUUUGGACUAAAGAAACUUUCUUAAUGGAAGGCUCGUUAGAACUGAGUCUAUUCACAGUAAAAACAGUUGUUUCAGCAAUGAUACUUCUCUGAUGGCAAGUAAUCUUCUAACAAAGAGCUCUAAUGAGCUGUAAUUAGCGUUUAGAAAUAAAGGAGAACAAAUUGACUUUAUUUCCCAUUAAACUCCAAAGUGGUGAUGUUUGCAUCUUUAUGAGGAAAUAGUAGUAUAUAACUUCAUAACUGGUGAAAAACUGUUUACCAAAACUGGAAUUGGGAAACAAAGAAAUAACAACCAAGCAGCACACCACAGUUAAGCCAAAGAAAUGGGGGAUAAAAAUCUUAUCUAUGGUAGAGUAAGUCUGUCUUGUAUUUUCUCACUAGUCAGAUAUUUUGCCCAGCCUUAUUGCUGUUGAUGGAGAGAAUUCAGUUUCUAAUAACACUGAAAUGAUGCUUGUAUUCACAAGUGACGUUUUCAGUAUGAUGCAGUUCUACAUGCAGUGCAAAUUCAAGGCUUUUUCUCUUGUAGGUCUGAUCAUAUUAACAUCAUUAAAUUACAUUUCUGUUCACUGUAUUGUCAAAUUGACUUAUUGGGAUCAAGAAAUAUUGCAGUCAGUAAAUAUACAGAAAAAUAUUCUAUCUUCUUCUUUGAAUGGGACCGUGACCCCCUAUAUUGUCAUGUUUGAGUCAGUUCUAGAACAGUGAAUGGAUUAAUGAUUCUUCUUUGGAAAGCACUCUGCUUCAAUUAUUUCACACAAUUGAGCACAACAAAGGCUUUUGGAGAGCAUAAAACUACCCUGACCAUUUCUAACUGUUUGAAGGGGUUAUGAAAAAUCUUGGGUUUUUAGACCUCUUUACACUAUUUCCACUUGUAGGAUUCCUUUCGAAGGAAGAAAUAUUUUCAGCACUAUCACUUGCCUCUUGAAAAAAUAUUAGGGUUGAAGAUGAUGUGAUUAAAAUGCUACAACUUGAACUACAGAAUAUUCCUGUAGGUGCUAAAAGCUUAAGAUCAGAAUCUUGUUCCUUAAGGAGGAUGGUGAUGUUCUAUAGCUAAGAUAUUUUUUGGUAACUCAAGCUUCUGUUGCCACUGAAAUUAGUAACUCUCUCUAUACAGGGGAAGGACAUAUCAGAAUAUAGUAUUGAAGAUUAAAACACAUCAUUAUGAUUUUCCCUGUUUUGAAGUUUUAAUAACAUAGGAUAUGUGAAGAUUUUUGUCUUUCAAGAGGUUGCCAGUUUGCGUUUGGAGUGCAGAAGUGUUUUACAUGUUUCUGUCUUGCCAGCUACUUAACAAAAUAGAUCUUGCUUUGCACUGUAGAACUUCUAAGCAGUUUUCUAGUUAUGUCUUUUAAAUAUAGAGUGUCUGUGUUUUUUGUGUAGUCAAAACUACACACUAGACCAUUAACUUCCCUGAGUUUGGUCAAGAAAGAGUUUCUGUACUGCCUCCUCCAUGGUUCCCAGAAAGGGAUACGUAUGGCCCAGGUAUUGGUUCCCAAAUCAAACUAAUAUUCAAUGGUGCUUUUGCAAUAGUGACCUUACUUGAAAGUUGAAUUAAAAUAAAUAAAUCCUUGUCCAAACAUUUUGCUCCUUCUGUCUUAGGUGCAUCUUGUCAGCUUUGGGCUUCAAGAAGGUCGCAGAGUUUCCUUUUGAAUUAGACACCUGACUGGAACGCAGCUAGGUGGAUGUAGUUGGAUACUUCAUUAAAAUCUCAAUAUUCACUUCUUGCUUGUUCCUUUAGCUGUACUUUCAGGAAGGGCCACUUCAGUGUCACUCUUGAAGUGUCACUAAGCUGACAAAUGAUUUAUUUAUGCACUUGAACAUAAAAAUAACCAAACUUGUUUUCUGCCCUUAACUAGAAGAUUUGGAGCUGAGAAAAACCUGCAUGUUACGGUUGAAUAUUUCACUGAUAUUUUCAAGUGGAAACAUAAAAUGAAUUCAAAAUGAUUUACAGCAUUGAAACUGGAAGUUGCUGUGUGUUCUCUGUCCAGUCAGCAGAAUUCUCCAGGUGUCUUCUGGGUUCUCAUCUCCUGUGCAGGCUCACAAUUGAUCAACAGCAGCUUCAAUUCAUUGGCAAUAAAUGUAUAAGGGUUGGGGGGGAGAGGGCAGGGAGUUAAGACUAAAAAAGGCUUUGCUGUACCAACAGAAAUGGGAGGCCCAUCAACACCUUUCAAAUGUAGUCUGGCUCUGUCUGUAAAGAACCGUUUCUGACUGUAGAGAGAAGCUGAAGUGAUCUAAUUUGAUAACUGGGCAAGAAUAAAACAUGCAAACUCUUUUGUGAAUCAGGUGAGAAGUUCUGGAAUUCACUGCUCUAUGGUUCAGACUUGGGAUGUGUGACUUACCUUUGUAGGCAAAUUCAGAUACUGAAAUAUAGCUAAGAGUUAGUUGAGCAUGUAAAUGAGGAAGUUACUUAGUUAUAUGCACAGAAAGUUGCCACACAGUUGACAGUGAAUCACUAGAAGACAUAAAUAUUUUGUUACUUCUGUCUAUUUGAUGAUAAGCUUGAAGGGUGUUACUGUCUGUAAAGAAGUUCUCUUUCCUGAAUAAUGGCUGUGUUUUAAUUAGUAUAUUUCCUUUAGAAAUUCUGCAUUACCUAGUCCAGAUAAAUCUUAAGCAAACAGGUCUUCAGUAUUUUUCUCUUUUCUAUACUAAUAAGUAAUUCUUUUGGUACUUAACCAAAAACAAACAAGCAAAAAAAACAAAAACAAAAAAAACGCAACCAAACUAACAGCAAAAAAAAAAAAACAGCUCUAAUUAAAGUUCUGAAGUGAUUGAUUACACCAUUCUGAGUGUAAUCCAGACAGAGGUUAACUCUGUGGGAGCUACUUAGUUCUGUUAAUUAGUCAUUGUUCCUUCCAAGCAGUGCAGUGGCUUCUUUAAUUUCUGUUGCUGGCAGUCAUAAAUGUGAAUGCUAAAAUAAAACUGACUUCAUAGGCGUAGACCAGGUGUACUUGUUCAGCAAAUUGAUCGCCUAAGUACCAGAAACCCGUUCUUUGACUUCUGAAGUAGGAAAGAGCAAAUAUUUUCUUGGAACUCAACUUGAAGUCAGGAUAAGAUUAUCUUAAAAUUUUGUCCUUGUUCUGGAGCAGUUUGGGAAGAGAAGCAAAAUCACCUUUCCUUUUGUUUAUAAUCCCUUUCUAUUACACAGUCAAAAAAAAAAAAAAAAUCUGAAAAUUACAGUGUUCAAAUAAAGCAUCUUCCUUGCAGGUAAUCCUUGUGAAAGACACGGGAAGGGUGGGUUUGUAUUUUAGUUUUGGAGUUCGUGGCUAAGCUUUUGCCAGUGGGAGCUGAAUCUGCUGCAGCUGUGUUCCUGCAUGGUGAAGAACUGUGUCUGCAAAUUCCCAUCCUGCAGAGAUGGGCCUCAUGGUUAUCUACUCCUAGCUUUCUUAUAAAAUGCAAAUUGAGAGAAUCUUUAAAUUCAGUUGCAAAAUUUCUGCAGACUUUGGCAUUUUGACUAAAACACCUGCUGUGAAAGAUAAAUGUUGUUCAGAUAACUUCCUGCGUAGAAGUGAAAGUAAAGGGUGGGGGACAAACAAGCGGGAGAGUCCAAAAUAAGACUAAGCAGUGUUGCCUGAAGCACAUGUUAAUCAAAAGAGAUCAAAGGAUAUGAUGUCAGUUUAUAGAGAAACAGGUCAGGCAAGCCCAGGUAACUCAGGAAGCAGGAUGCUAAUUAUUCACAAAAAGUCAGGUAUACAGUUACCGUGCUAUAGUUGAAAGUCAGGAGGUCAAAACUUGCGCAGCAACUCAGCCAACGUGAUAGAACAGCUUUGCUCCUUGCGGUGGAGUUUAUCCCUGUUAGAAAUGGAGGAGAAUGAAUCAAGUUUGCCGAAUGCUUCCCAACAAGUUAAAAAGAUGGCCUAUCACAAAGUGAAUGUGGACCAGAGAACCCAGGGCCAAUACCUUGACAGUGAUGACCUCCAGGCCACAGCACUAGAACUGGAAUGGGACAUGGAAAAAGAGCUGGAGGAGCCUGGCUUUGACCAUUUCCGACUCGAUGGUGCAGUCCAGCAUCAUCUGGGAAACUCGGAGAGCCCUGACCUCGAUCUUGAGCCCAUCCAGCCAUCAGCUUCUCCUAAGGGAAGAUUCCAGAGACUUCAGGAAGACCCUGAGUACAUCUCACACUACUCAAGACAGUCGCCAAAGAGCCACCGCUGCAGUUUUUUUCAGAUACUGAAAGUAUUUUGUGCUGCGUUGAUUUUAUUUAUUUUUGGAAUUAUGAUAGGAUAUUAUGCGGGCAAGAAAUGCCCUUCUCCUCCAGCAUCUCCAGAACCAAAUAAUCCUCAGAACUACCACGAAAUCCUCAAGGAAAUCAAAGCUGAAAAUAUUCAGCAAAUAUACAGAGAGUUGUUACAAUCCCCUAGAGAAGAUGAUGUAGAUGCUGCAAUGAAAAUUUUGCUCCAGUGGACUUCUCAUGGCCUUGAAGAUGUCCAGCUGGUAAAUUACUCUGUUUUGCUCGACCUACCAGACUCUUCUUCAAACACGAUAACUCUGAAAAACAGUGGUGAAUGUUUUUAUCCUGAUGGACAGCGGUGCAGCAAAGUGACCAAAACACUUCAUAGCCAAGACCUCCUGUACUCAUACGCAGCUUACUCUGCCAAAGGAACUCUUGAGGCAGAACUUGUUGAUAUACAAUAUGGGACCAUAGAAGACUUGAUGCGAAUUCAAACCACUACAAAUGUGACCAAAAAAAUUGCACUUCUGAAGCUAGGACAAUCACCUUUACUUUAUAAGCUUUCUUUGUUAGAAGACGCAGGGUUUGGUGGUGUUCUUCUUUAUGUCGAUCCUUGUGAUUUACCAAAGACUACAGAUCUUGCUGAUAAAGCUUUUAUGGUUUCCUUGAAUAGUGGAGGAGAUCCAUCGACACCUGGCUAUGCCAGUAUUGAUGGAAACUACAGGCAACGUCGACUGAACCUCACUGCACUGUUAGUGCAACCAAUUUCUGCAGCACUUGCCAAAAAACUUGCUUCGAUACCUGAGAAUGGAGUCCAAAAAGACAAGUGUGUACCUGUGCAAAUGUCAAGUACAGACAAAAAACUUAUCAGUCUCAGUAUCCAGUCAGUCACAACGUACAAGACAAUUUCUAAUGUUAUUGGAUAUUUGAAAGGAUCUGUAUUUCCUGACAGAUACGUCAUCAUUGGUAGUCAUCACAGCAGUUUGAAUACUUACAGUGGACAAGAAUGGGCCAGUAGCACUGCUAUCAUAACAGCAUUUAUACAGGCCUUGAUGUUGAAAGUUAAGAGAGGAUGGAGAACUGACCGGACCAUUGUGUUCUGCUCCUGGGGAGGAACAUCGUUUGGGAACAUCGGUUCAUACGAGUGGGCAGAGGAUCUCAAGAGAGUUCUUCAGAGAAAUGUUGUGGCUUAUGUUAGCCUCCAUAAUCCAGUCAGAGGCAAUUCAACUUUACAUCCUAUCGCAUCCCCUUCUCUUCAGCAACUGGCAGCAGAGAGUCAGAGCAUCAACUGUGUGGAAAAGAUGAAAUGUCCAGCAUCUAAUGUGAGUUCUGUGCAGACACAGGGAGAUUCCGAUUACUUCAUCAACCAUCUUGGAGUACCUGCAAUGCAGUUUUCUUAUGAGGAUAUCAACACAUCAGAGAAUUCUAGCUUUCUCUCUGAAGCUCUUUUUCCAAUGCACGCGACGAGAACUGAAGAGCUGGAUCCCUCCUUCAAACUGCAUGAGAACAUUGCAAAGUUUUCAGGACAUGCCACUUUGCAAAUUGCCAAUGAACCAGUUUUGCCGUUUAAUGCCCUCGACAUCGCUCUGGAAGUUCAGAACAGUCUGAGAGUGUUCCUAGGUGAAGAAGUAGAUGCUUCUCAAUUGCUUGCAGUGGCAUCACGCCUGAGGGACACUGCAGAAUUGUUCCAAUCAGAUGAGAUGCGCCCAGCGAAUGACCCGAGGGAGAGAGCUCCUAUCAGAGUCAGGAUGCUCAACGAUGUGCUGCAAAGCCUGGAGAAAAGCUUCUUGGUUCAGCAAGCUCCUCCAGGACUUUACAGAAAUAUUCUUUACAGGCUAGAUGAAAGAACAAGCCAGUUCUCAGUACUGCUAGAGGCACUGGAGCACUGCAAACUACAUCAGUCAAAUGAGACCAUUCAAGCAGCCUUGUCAGAGGUGCUGAACAGCAUCAGUUCAGCUCAGGUUUACUUCAAAGCAGGACUUGAUGUUUUUGAGACUACCUUAGCUGGAAAGAAAUGAGAGAAUUGUCUGCAUUCCAAGACAUUUGUUUACAACUCACUAAACAAAAGUUCGACUUGGACCAGAAUUUCUCUGAGGAUAAAACCUUUCUCAACUUUUCUUUCAGUUGGCGCUUAAAUGUAAUGCAAUGUGUGUUUUUAUAAACAGAAGAGAGUCUUUUGCACUGUUUACAGUGUAUCUCAACUGUCUGUUUCUGAAUGUAUAAAACAAGGGGAGGGAAUAACAGUGAUUUUUGGAAGGAUGUCUGCUGUAUUUUUAUAUGUGAAGUAUAUUUUUAUGAGCUCAAUCUCGCAAAGUACCACGCAUGUCCUGUGAUACACUGAAGACCUGGUUCUGAGACACCCCAGAAGAAUGCCCAGGUGAGCUUUCCAUGCCUAUUCUGUCAGAGGAAUGACUUAAGUGUACUGUUGCGUUUCUUAACUUCCCCAGCAAACUCAACAACUUCUUUACUCCUUUUAGAGUAAGUAAUUGAAGGAUGUGGCAUUUCCUGAUGUAUGCAGCGUGGAAGUUAAUCUGGAAAUGCUCCAAACUUGCUUAUCAGUGCAAUCCAGCAUCUUUGCUCCUGUGGAACAAUAAAUACCUCAAUUCUGAGAUUAUAGAUAAACUUUGAUUAUCCCAUCUCUGAAUGAAACAGAAUUGUUUUCUCUACUAAUUCUCAGAGAGAGAAUUUAUGUAAUGAUUUCAAGCAAUUUGAAAAGCUUGCAUCAGUAGUUAAAUGUACGCAGAAAUAUUUUGAAUCUUUAUAUUCAAUAAAAGAGCUGCUUAGUCCAAGGUCUACAGGCCUUGUAAGCUUUAUUUUGCUCAUCAAGGUCUCCCUAAAUUUUUAGGGAACAGUAAAUGAAAAUAAGAGCUCGAACUUCUGGGAACAUUUUAGAUCUUCGACCACUUGGCCAUUUUUGCUAUUCCAGUACUGACCAGCAUAUAUAGGACCUGGAUUGUUGUCAGAAAGAAAAAAAAAAAAAAUCAUUCUCUGCCACAGAACCGGGAAUGCACCUCUGAAGUCAAGCAGAUGCUGUAAUCUGUUCAAACUGUUAGCUUGAAGUAAUCUCUGAAUGAAAGGAUGAGGGGGUUCAGUGUCCUAAACCUCUAAGGGGAUAACAUUCCCUUAAGUAUUGCAAGUCUUAAUAUAUAAACACUUCAGGUUGUUAAACCCUAUUGGGUUUAGAAUUUUACAAUUUCAAAUGAUUCUGGGAAGAGCUUAAAAAUUUUAACUUUCUAUAGAUUCUUAGAAUUAAAGUAUAAUUUAUUUGUUGGAAACAUUAAAUGUGUUGUUACCCAAUUUCCCAUGGAAACAUUAGAAAAACAUUUCAAGUAUCUAUGUGAAUGUAAAGAAACGCCUUCAGGAAAAUUUCUAAGUGCACUAUUUGAUGAAAGUAUGAAAGCUUAUGAAAAUGACACAUUUAUAGUGUAUGUUCACAUAGUGAAAAGUGAGAGUUGUUUACAGAAGCACUGUUUCUGUUUUCCCAAAGAUGUUGGCAAAUGGGCCUCUGUUAGCAGCAUCCUAGUGUAGGGUACGUACACUUGUGUUGUUUCUACAUUUCUUUGCAAGUUGUUGAAGUGUGAGCAAAAGCAUACCUGGCUGAGCAGGUGGGGCUAUGCAGCUGUACAGCCACAACUGGAGUGAGAGCAUUUUCAGCAACAGUCAGUAUGCAUGAACUUAGGUAUUAUAUCCUCAUUUUACUUGGCAUAAGCAAGAUAAGCAAGAGUUUAUGAUUAUUCUUUUGCUAAUAUGUUUACUGCAAAGAUAGUUUGACUUCUGAAGAGUAACGUUUAUUAUGGUGUUCCAAGUCUUGUCUGUCCUUUUGUUCAGAAAUUUUAAUUACAGCAAUAUUUGAAUGGUUGGAGUAGCUACAUCUGACACGUUUAUUACAUGCUCCAAAAUUAAACUGUGUUUUCUAAUAGAGGCAACUCUUCUAACAGUGUGUUUAGUAACAUGUUCUUUACAGUGGUGACUCAUUAUGGAGUCAUCUGUGGUCUUAAAUGAUACAGAGUCAGGUGCCAUUAAGAGACCAAAAAUGGAAAUUAUCACUUCCUUUAACUCUGCCAGGUGAAUUUAAUAACUGCUUCCUGUAUAGCCCAACAAGACUUCCUCUAGCGUAGCCUGAAGUGUACUCAUGCAAACUCAGUGAAAUCUUUUGGGAAGAGUAUCUCUCAUGUAUGAUUUCUCAACCAUGUAAUUCUUCACUAAAACAUUUAUUUUGUUUUCUCACUAAUAUCCUUCUAGAACAACUUUAAAAAUAGCAGACUUCAAUGUGCUCCACCACAAGAGCCAUUGCUACUAUAAAUACCUGUCUAUUCUAGAGACAAUCACAUAUUCUUGUUAUAGAGAUGAAUCAGGUGAACUACUCAAGGACUAAAAUGCAUUGAUGUCAAUGCAAUCUCACACUUCUAGAUCUCGAGGCUUUUAUUUCAAAUGUUCAGACUGUAUGCAAGUGAGUGCUGAGUGAUAAUAUUUGCAUCAAUAUAAUUUUGAAAUAGGCAUUUUUGAGCCAUAUUCUCCCACUGAUUUUUAAAUCCUACUUUUUUACUUCAAAGCAUUUUAUUGCAAACUAAGGUCCUAAAUAUCUGGAUUAUUUCUAACAGUUUUCCUGCUGUGGAAUAUCAGUUAAGAGAAGAUUUUAGUGAAUCAUAGUUGCUUACCCAGACUGAAUUCACUCCUGCAUUGUUUUGAAAUGAAUUGAAUGCUUUUGAAGUUUGCAGAACGCUUGCAAAUUGCAUAAAUGAUAGUAAAAUCUGUAACCUUUCCAGAAGUAUCAACUGCUGGAGACAGUAUAACAAAUGCAGUGAUUGCUGAGUAAUCUAUACUCAUACUCUCAGAGACCAGAAAAUCAUUGCAACUUGCAACAUUUGUGUGUUGAGAUAGUUGAUAAUAAAAGUCUAAUAAGAUUUUAUUAGUGCAUAUUUUAGAGAGUACAUAAAGAAACUAAAGUAUAAUCAACUCAGAUGAAUAGUAAGUACAUGGGAGCUGAAUUUUGAGUACUAACUUUAAAAAAGGCAGUGAAUUGCUUUGAUCAUCCAGAAAAAAACUAGUCUGUUUUGAUAUACACGUCUGUGCAAAUAUACAAAGAGACAAAUAUACAAAUGCGUUGUAUCUUGAAAACAUUGUAGAAAUACUAAUUUACUUGCAAUGAUUUGAUGCAUCUGCAUAAACACCAAUGUAAAUAAUAACUGCAUGCAAAAAGUAGCUUGCACUGCUUCACUUACCUUUUAGAAAGUAUUUCAGUCGGGAGGUGUAAAAGGGCUCUUAGCUGACCUCAGUUCCUGAAGCAGUAGAUAGGGAACAGCUCAACCUCCCAGAUAUCACAGAAGGAACCUCUGAAGGUCAUCUAGUCUAUAUCUAGUCCCUUUUUCAUGCAGGGUCACCUAGAGCUGCUUUCUCAGGAAGGGGCUAUGUCCAGUACUCUUGGGAAUAUCUCCAAGUAUGGAGAUUCUACCACUUCUCUGGACAAUGGGUUCCAGUGCACGGUCACCCUCAUAAUAAGAAAAUAUUCUUAAAAAAUUCUUCCAUAGUUAUAGUUUCUCCAAAUCUCUCUCUGUAUUUCUUAGUUGUUAAAUUGUUAAUAAGUUAAUUAAACUUACAUUCAAAGAAUAACCAUCAUUUCAGUCAACUCUUGGCAAAGGAAAGCAUAUGAAGAAAGUAUACAAGGAAGGUAUAUAAGGAAAUUUGUACUUCAAGACAUAAGGAUUAUUUUGAAGUUGUAGAGACUAGUUUUUGUAUGCUCUGACAUCUUCACAGAGCCUGGUUCCCAGUCGCAGGGUUUCUGCACACAUUAAGAGACUUGCUGAGAACAAAAGAUGCAGGGAGAAAAUGCAGGGAGAAAAUGCAGAGAGCACAUGGGCAGCUAUAUUCUAUGAAUGUAUCUACGUUACCCAGACUUCAGGAGCUCAGUGCAAUUCUGUAUUUUGUGUUAUGUAGAAUGACAGGCAAGGUAAUUGCAUGGGUCAUUCUAGCUUUAAAAGCUAUUAAAUGCAACAAAUGCAGUUAAGUCUGGGCCUGCAUUUUCAAGGGCACAGUUAAAAUGUUUCUCAAAAGCCUUAUGUGGUAAGCUGUUAUCUGUGUUACCCAGAAAGGGAUAUCUCUGACAAACGUUGUGAACUCCAUCUCAGGAACAAGUAUAGAGUGGAAGGUGUUCAUUCCCUUUGGCUCUCCGGCAUUUUAUUGGCAUUCCUUCAUUUUGAGAAAGGUGAGUGAUAGGAAACAAAUCUCAUUUUAAGAUGUGGGAGACCCAAAUUUUGAGUGCAGUUAGCCUUAUAAAGCAUUGCAAAUGUUCAGAACAUAGGAAAGUGUCUCCUGAUGGAGCUCUGAGUCCAUAAAACUUGGGAUAGAGAUUCUAGUAUGGCAAGUAAAGGUCUCAGAAAUAGAGAAUAAAUAACUAGUUAGUGUCUAUUAAAGGUUGUAUUUAUGGUAAAAAUGGCUUGCCUGUCAGUACAGAUAUGGGAUUGCAUGUCAGUCAUUUCAGUUUUCCUGUUAUGUCAGAUCCCCAAUUUUUUUUGCUGACUUUCCUUGUAUCAGUGAGUAUUUGACCCUGUGUACUUUGUCUCACCACAUCUAGACCUGGUUCUGUGUUUGAAUCAGUUUAGCUUCUUUGCCCAUUGUGCUUGAGUUCAGUGGAAAGUUACAAAGGGUUGUAGAAGAUUUGCUCACCUGGUUUAGUAAGUUUUGAUUCUAAUUCCUAGUACAGCUUACUGUAUUGGAAGUGCUGGAAAGCCAAAAGUCCUGGUCAAACCCAAAUGGAUAAAUAUAAAGAGAUAUCAUCUGUUAAAUUCAAAGUAGUGUCUGUUGAGUAUGCACAAACUGCAAGUUUUCAGUUGUAACUUUUUGAAUGGCAAUAGAACAAAAAAAAUUAGCUUCUGGAUCAUUUCUGCAGGAAAUUUCCUCAUAAGUACCAAUGUAGACAGAAAGUAAUCUUGAAGGUUUUGAUGUAAAUCUUUUAAAGCUGAAUGAAUAUUAAAAAAUGAUAGAGAAACUUAACCAGAGGUGGUACUAGCUGCUGGCAAAAUCAAACAAGUAGUAUGACAGCAUGUGAUUUUUUUUU